AUGGCAUUUGAGUACCUAGAAGGAGGUUGUCUGUGGAAUCAUAUAGCCCGUGUUGGCACUCUCCCUGAAUGCUACGUCACAUAUUAUGCUGCUUGCAUUUUGAGCGCUUUGGUUUACUUGCAUGAUCAAUGUAUUGUUUACCGAGAUUUGAAAGCUGAAAACAUUGUCCUCGAUUCCCAACAUCGGCCAAAGUUGAUUGACUUCGGAAUGGCAAAAUUCUUCCCAUCCAUUCGGAAACAUGGCGAUGGGGGAGAACUAACCACGAGAUCCGAUGCAAAUGACCUUGAUUCAAGCAGAAGGGCCAAAGAGAAUGGUGUUCUCAAUGACGAGGAUUUGGAAAUAAUUGAAAUGAAUGAACCACCGACACGCUACUACUUCGCCGCAUACCUGGCGCCCGAAAUCUACAGCCAGCCAAACACGACGACUCAAUUUAUCGACUCCUGGGGCCUUGGCUACAUUGUUGUUGAAAUGGUACUUGGCUAUGGCAUGUAA